AUGACACCCAUGUUGUCCGACACCAUCAACAACGACGCCAACAAUGACGAUGAGUUGACUCUCAUUCUGAAUCGCAAGAAUGCUGUUCAAAUCCAAUUACAGAACAUGACGUUUGACUAUCCGAGAUGGACGGAAGCAUUGGACCAGAAUCGGACCCUUGUUCACGUCACUAUCGCCGUGUCUCUACGAGCUCUUGCUACCAAUCCAACUGUCUUGCAGUUCUUUCGAGCCAUUGGAAAGCUUCCUCGAUUGCAAAAGUUGGAAUUUCGAGGAGGAACCUCGUGUUGUCACUGGAGAUUCCCAUGGCAAAUAUUGACAAAAGGUUGUCUACUAUUACACGAUGAUGUACAGCAUGAUGACAAUGAAUCAUCUAAUGAGCAGCACCAGCAGUCAGUGCUCCACACGUUGCACAUUCAAGACGUGGAGUUCAGCAGCGGCAAACAUCAGGAAGAAAUUACAGAGUUGGCCCAAUGCAUCUCGUCUCUACCGAGUCUCAAGAAGCUGACCUUGGCACACUGUCGCUUGGAACAAAACUACCAAAACUACCGAGCAGGCAGCACAACGCUGGAUCCUUUGUUCCAUGCCAUCUUGACCAGUCCAACCUUGGAAAAGGUCAUUGUCUCGGCGACUCGUGUCCAUGCUUUAGGCGGAGCCGUAUCCAAGCAGACACUGCGACAAGUCUUUGCUUCUCAUCAACAAAUGCAACAACCCAUGGCACUCCAAGAAUUGAGACUUCUUCAGUUUGAUUUUGUACCCGACAUUCUCACGGCGCUCUUGGGGACACUCUUGCGACAGCAUGCACAGUUCAAAUCCCUAUUCUUGUCCUCCUGCCAGUGGGAUCGAACCAGUCUCCGUCUAUUGGCGCAAUUUCUUAUACAAUCCUCCGACAAUCUGAAAGAAUUGCAACUGCUGGGAACCGACUUGAACAAUCUGCUGCACGACUCCUCUCUGGUAGAGUGUCAUGUCGAAUUGGCAGACGCACUCGCCUCGUCAUCUCUUUGGACGUUUCUAGUACGGGAACUGUAUCCCUGGAAAAAGAAAAAGAGGAACCAUGAUGAUGAAAAAGAGCUCGAAUUGACUCUUGUGGCACAACAAGCCUAUUUGACAAUGAUACAAACUCACAAUUAUCAUUUGCAAGAGUUUUGCAUGGUCCAACAAUUUGCCCCACAACCACAAGGAUUGAUGGAAUUCUACCUGCGUCUCAAUCGAGCUGGGAGACAUGACGCUGAAAAUAGCGACCACAAGCAGGCAUGGGUGAAUGCCGUUGCCGCCGUCAAUGACAGUGUAGCAUGCAUCUUUUUCUUUCUCAGUCGCAACCCUUCCCUGUGCAAUGAGGCACUACUGGAGUAG